UUCCGUUUGAUCUCGUUAAAUAUGAACAUGUGCAACAAUGGUAACUUCUGGUUGCUGCUGAAUACGACUGACACAGGAGGUGAAUUAAAAUGGCUUAUAAACGUGCUCCAAAAUGCUGAAAAUAAUGACGAGAAAGUCCACAUCAUGGCCACAUCAAUCCCGGUAACGGUGGAUGUCUUCGAGCAUGGAGUUGGAAUUAUUAUAAAAUUGUUAACCGAUAUGAGAGUACUAUCGUUGCUCAGUUUUUUGGUCACACCCACUAUGAUUCAUUCGAACUAUUCUAUGAUGAGAAGACACUGAAAAGACCGACCAACAUAGCGUACAUCGGUGGUAGUAUCACAACGUAUAGCUUUCUAAACCCUAACUACAGAUUAUACGACAUUGAUGGAAAUUACAAUAGCAGCUCUCGAGUUGUUUUGGAUCACUCCACAUAUGUGAUGAAUUUGACAGAUGCCAAUUUAACAGGAAACACAACAUGGUUCAAAGAAUACUCCGCCAAAUCUGCCUUCAACAUGACUUCAUUGCUGCCAGCAGAUUGGCAAAAAGUGGUUGACACGUUUAAGAAGAAUGACACUCUGUUUCAAGAAUUCUACAGGUAUUACAAUAAAUUACAUGUGACGUCAUCAUGUGAUGAUGCCUGCAAGAAGUCUAUGAUAUGUGACCUCCAAACAGCAAGGUCAAGUGACCCUAGUCUUUGCAAAGAUGACUUCUUUGGAGAUGUGACAAAGCUCAGAAAACAACAAGCACUAUGCUGACACACUUGUUUUUUUUCUAACAGUUAUUUUUAUAUGAUGCAGGAUCCAAAUCAAUACAUCUGACUCACAUACAAUUUACAUUUUAUAUUAUAGUUUUUCUUGAGAUUUGUGAUGUGAUGUUAGAUUGUUGUCAGAUUUUUAUUUCUUAUUAUCAUGCUGGUUGUACUCAUUGGCUGAGGUUUGCUUAUUAAAGAUGGCAAUACAUUGGUAAAUGUGAUACUGAAAA